CCAAUUGAACAGCUACAACUUCUUUUAGAUGAUUGUAUUAUACAUGAUGAUUCUAAGCAAAUUAAUGAUUUUUGUAGAUUAGUGAUUAAGUUCAAAGUGCAAGUUAAUCCAUACUGCAGUCCUAGCCUUACAGUGGCACUUCCUGGAGGAAUAAAGAAGAAUUUUCACAUACCCCUGAAAGCUAAAAUUAGAGAACUGAAAAAACAAAUAGAGGCAAUCAAAGGAAUACCAGUUUCUAAGCAAAUGCUUUACAGUCGAUCAAUUGAAAAUAUUUUGAGUAAUGAAGUACCUUUAUGCCGAUAUUAUACUCGUGGUGUUCAACCAAUUGAAGUCAUUGAUCUCCUUGUUUCAUUGACUGUUCGUAUAUCGAUGCCUUCAGGAGACGUUGUUACUGAGUCUAUAGACUUAGAUGAAAGUGUUCUUAUUUUAAAGAAGAGGCUCUGCAGUAAAUAUAAGUUAAAUUUAUCAUAUAUUAACUUAAUUUUUGGCCAGUUUAAAAUGAAUGACGACAAAACUCUUGGUGAAUACAAAAUAUACGAUGAUACUACAAUGCUGGAACUAACUUUAGAUGCUAGACCAUUACCGUCAUGCAGGGACACAAACAGACAAGCAACAUUAGAAAGUCAAGAAAGAAAAGUCAAUGGUUCAUCUCCUCCUCCACUUCCUCCUCCUAUUCCUAAAGAAAGACAUCUUAUGAAUGAUGUGGCUGCUAAAGCUCCUGAAAAAUGGAUGAACAAAUCUAACCCAAUGGCCUGUUAUCUUGCUGUUUUUCAUCAUUGGCAAACCAGUAUUGAUUGCCCUCCUUUCACUUGGGAUACUAUUGUAGAGGUACUGGAAUCAGAUGUUGUUCACAGACAUGACCUUGCUGUAGCAAUUAGAAGAAAAUACUUGUGACCUAUAUAUUUUUAUAGCUGAUUUUUUAUAAUUUUCAUUAUUUAUAUAUUAUUGACUUUAUACACGUGUAUAGACUGUAUACAUGUGCAUAGCAGUAUGAUAGUACAUAUACAAUAUUACUGAUGUUAAAGACUUAAGCAGUUAGUAAAAUUGCUAGUUUUUGUGCACAAAGAGUUCAAUAAAUCAUGAAAAUUUAUAAAAAUUAAUAAUGACUGAUGAUUAAUUACUAAUCCAACAAAAAAAAAUAAAACAACAGGCAGCAACACAAGCAAUGAUUAGUCCAAUAGUUCCAAAAACUGAUC